UGCAAAGAUGGACCAAAUAGAAAGUUUUGAGCAAGAGCCGAAUUCUUGGCCCAAAUAUCACAUCUGCUCUAAAAUUUCCCAAUUUCCCAGUACCUUCUUCGUCUUCUUGAUUCUUCCGUCUCCAUCUCCAGGUCCCAGAACUUAGUUCAAAUCCGACUUUGUUAUCACUCCCCACUUCUCAGUUCUUUUUACUUCUCUUCCCCUAAUGGUUAAACUCCAUUCCUUAAAUGUCAAUCACCGGAACUCAAAAGUAAUUAUGCAUUUACCAUGGUUGGCGCUUGAAAAUAGAAGGACCCGAUGGCUGUCUCGUCUCGUCUCCUCCUCCCCAGGGAUCAGAGGCUUGAUUAAUGAGGAAACCAAGGGAUAUAUUAACUUCUUUGCACCCAUCAGAUCAGAGCUUAAUGGGGGGUUCUGUGUUUUGUAUCCUGGUUUCUUCCCAGCGCCAAAGUCAUAACCCAGACUUGAGUUUCUGCAUUUGCGAAAAUGGGUUUCUUCUUCUAUAAAUUGAACAAUGGUUUUGGGCAUGAAAAUUUACCCCGCUCCACUUCUCUUCUCCUGCUCUGCUUCGCUUCUCUUCGCAGUAGCAUUCUCACCGGAAACAAAUUGAAAAAGAAUCAUGAAUAAUCAAGGUGCUGCUCACCCGCGUCUCGUAACUCCUCCGUCAAUCAAGCUGUCCCCCCAUUCUUCGUACCACAGGCUCCCCGUCCCUCCAUCUUUCUCUUUGUUCUAUUGGCUAUUCAGCCGGGUCCCCGACACCUUAGUUCUGAUGCUUAUUACCAUUGCCUUCUUUAUCAUCCAUCUCACUACUUUCUAUUACACCAAGUUCUUCAAGAAAAGAGGUUCUCCUUGGUGGUUGUUUCUUGCCGUUGCUGUCUUUGGCUUUAUCGUCAUCUUUUUCUAUUGUGCCUACUGGAUUAGGAAGAAAAAUUGGUGUAGGCGCAAAUAUGGGACAUUUGGCAAACUAGUCGGUCUUGCGGCGGUUGUGGCUUGUAGUGCUUCCUAUAUUUGGUUAGGAGAGUCGGAUCUGAGCUAUUUGAUCUUCAUUCUUACACUUAUUGGCAUGUUCACAGCCUGCAUUUUGGCCAUUCGUCCAUCCACUGACUUCAACUUGGUGAAUGGACUUCUCAUCUCCCUUCUCACGUACAUCAUUAGAGUCCUUCACCACGGCACAAUUGCAGGUUAUUGUGUCGGUUUGUCACCAUCUGCCCCUGCCGCUGCCCCUUCACCUUCGAUGGCUGUAGCACCAUCAUGCGUUGAUCCCCGCCUCGGCCCGUCUUCUCCAUACCCUUGGCUUCUAAUGGUUGGUUGCUUCAGCAUUGCUGGUUUGCGUUUCUAUUUGGAGUCCAGGGGUUUAAACGCAGAUGAAGAAGGAUUG